AUGGAUGGCUACCCUUUGGGAAGCCUCGAUCAUAAUGUGCCGCUGAUUGUGGUGUCGGGGUUGACUUCGGAUUCGCCAGACCAGCCUCCCAAGGCCAACCAGGGCGUCCUUCUUCGGUCUGAUCUGCCGCCUCUCGAGGGAAAAGAAGCGGAUUUCUUGGAAUCGUACUUUGAAGAGGUGGACGAGCGCGGGAAAUCAUGGACUGUGGUCACGAGGGAAGAGCACUACAGGCUUCGUGUCAAGACCGUCGGCAGGUCCUUUGCCCUUCCAUCUCGACGAGCGACGCUGCCUGAGACCAUCGAGCCGUUGACAACCACCCCGAUUCUACACUCGCCCUUCUCGCCGCUCAGCCCGUCGUCGGGUCUGUACCCUGAUGGACUGAUGAAUGCGCGGUGGAUCGGGAAGCACCAGGAAGAAAUACCCAGCAUAUUCGUUUGCUUCCAUACCUUGACUAGCGAUUCAAAGAUUGCCGUGCAGCAAGACAAUCGGUUAAAGUCUGCUCUUAACGGUAUGAGAGCGACUUUGGUGGAAUCGGGAUACAAGACACGCCUGGUUGUUAUCAUUCUCGGCGAUGCGGAGGCUAAGGCUAAACUGACUGCCGAAAUCAUACAAGAUCGACUGGAGGGUGUUCGAAGGGGAACUGGUUUAGACCCUAAAUCCAUUUUCUAUAUUCCUCCGCAGGAAUCGCCGUCGGAAUUGAGGAGGGUGAUGGAUAGUAUUUUCUCUCUGCUAUAUAACACGGCCAUCGAGUAUUAUCGAGAUCUCGGGAGACACGCUAGGAAGAAGAGAUCCCGAGGAAUCGUUCCUCAGCCGACGUUGCCACCUACUUCUGGAACAUCACAAACACUGUCGUUGCCGGAUUGGAACUUCCGCUAUGAUUUCAAGUCUGCCAUUUUCGCCGAGUUUCGCCAAGAAAUUGACGCAGCGAUUCGAUCUUUUGAGCAGGCGUACGAGAUUUUGCUUGGUCAAGACGUGCUCGAUAUCAUCCCCAGCUGGAGCCCUCGCUGGAACGAGGCACGGCUUCUGGCGGAUAUUAUAUCGAUUCGCUGUUUACGGCUGCAUUUGUGGAUGGGGCAAACGAGCCUGGCAGUUAGGAGAUGGCAGUCUCACCGUGACCGCAUCAGCGACUUUGUUGACCGCCGAGGAAGAGGCACCAACACUUACGGCUGGCAAGCUUGGGAAUCUCGGUGGGCAAUGGUGAUGGCAAACAUGAUUGAGAUGGUCGAAGUUCCGGGCUUAGGGCCCUCAACCAUGAGGAUUUUCCUUCAGCCAGAGAAGGCUCUCUUUGGAGAGCGAUUGCAGCCCUGGGAACUAUUGCAUCAUACGGGCUAUUGGUACCGGAUAGCUGCGCGCCACCUUGGAGCUCGCAGAAAAUUAGCCCAUAGGAUACCUGACGAUGAUAGGGGAGCGCCAGACGCUUCGCCCGCGUCGAGGGUGGCGAGCAAGGCCAUCCGCUAUGAUACAUACAUGUGUCCUCCGCCUCACGAGGAAUAUCCGUUGAACGGAAACGGAAUCAACCAUGCACAGAUGAUGAUAGACUGUCUUCUCAACGCCAGGGGACAGUUUCAAGCGCGGAAGCAGCACCGAAUCGCGGCAGAGAUAUCUCUAGAGUGCGCGAGGGAAAUGGCGACAUUGGGCAGCUGGAAUGAAGUGUUGGCCAUGCUUAGGCCGUUGUGGGAAGAUAAAUCCUUCCGCUCCGAAUGGUGGUUAGACAUCUCUGAAGAGAUCCUAUGGGUAAUGAGGCGGGCGGCGGCAGAAACUGGGCGGGCGGACAUUGUGGUCGCAAUUGACUGGGAACUAAUGAAUGAGCGGUUUACUCGAAGAAAGAACUGGCAUUAUGAUCUUGCCAAGUCAUUAGAUGGGGUAGCAUCGACAUCUAGGCCAUUCAUUACCAUUUCGGAUGAUGUAGCCUCGUCUUUUAUAUCAACAUCCUUUGCUUUUCGCUCUAAAGAGGGCAGGGCUGGUGAGACAUGCUUGGCUCAGCUGUCGCUAAAGUCUGAGGCGCUUCAGGCAGCUGCGCCAGUUACUUUGUCUUCAAUCCGGAUCGAAUUCGAGGGACAUCUUAAACCGAUCACGCUUAUACACGAUUCUGACUUGCCGACGAAUUCUUCCGAAACUCCUGUCUCCGUAACCCUCGUAGCUUUGACGGAGCAACUUGCAGGAGAUGCCAAGGAAAAUGAUGGAAGCGAAAAGGAGGACAAACACGAUGGAGACGGGGACCAAGACAAGGCAAAGGACGAAGGCAAAGUCGAAGACAAGGACGACGAAAAGGAGGGUCAACUGACUGGCAAAUGCGAUCUUACGCUUAGACCCGGCCGCCGACAGGUUUUUGAGAUGAACAUACCCUUGCGAGAAGCAGGGCAGGCGUCGGCGUCUCGCGUGGUUUUGACUUACAAAGCCGAUACCUUUGAGCUGGAUUACACGCUGUCAUUGUCAGAGUUGGGCAACAUCACAGGAUGGUUCGUUCAAGGCGCGACAAAACCACGGCUGUCGAGACCCGACGGGCACAUUUUACAUAUACAACCAAGGCCUCCCAAGAUGAAACUGAGGCUGGUAGAGCCCCUCAGCCAGUUCUAUGCUAAUGAGCCGAUUCCCCUGCGGAUCGGCUUAUACAAUGAAGAGGACGACUCUGCUAAUGUGAAGUUGGACAUUCGCAUUGUUGGAAAGGUUAUUCCUCGGUUCCGAGUGGACGCUGGCGAACACAAACGAGAGGCAGACACUGCUGAAGAAGAGUCGCAAGUGACGGGGCUCGCUCUCGGUCACAUAGGCAGCUCUUCGUCGCUGGAGUUGUCGAUUCAUCUCGACCCAGCGCCAGCGCCUACAGUGUAUGAAGUACAGAUUCGGGCAGAUUACCACUUGGAAUCAGAUGCCGCAACGCCGAUUGUCCAAGUGCUGCCGAUUCACCUCAAUAUCGUGAACGCGUUUGAAGCAAAUUACGAUUUAAUGCCGCGGCUUCAUCCCGAUCCCUGGCCAAGCCUGUUCGACUAUGAAGACCUGCAAGAUGUGUCUGAUGGCGAUGUUAUUCAGGCCAGGGGCCUUGCGCAGCAAUGGUGUCUAGUCUGUCACUAUGCGUCGUUCGCCACAGAGGAUCUGGACGUAGUUGGUCUGGAUCUGGCAGUUACGGCUGUGACGCCUGGUGGACGGUGCCAGGUUGUGAACCAGCCCGAGUUCUCAGCUGAUGGCAUGAUUGUGGCUCCCAAGACGAUGUAUGAAGCUCGAUUUGGCCUGGUGGCGCAGAAGAUCACGUUGGACGACAGGCACCCCGUCGCAAUUGAUUUGGCGUUUGUAGUCCGCUGGCGACGACGACGACAAUUAGCAGAUGGCGAGAGCAACACGAUCAAUGUCACGACGAUGACGGUUGGACAGUACAUGGUGCUUGGGACAGAGCCCAGAGUUUUGGCAUCAGUGCUUCAUAGCUCGCAGGAGCAGGCAGGCUUGGUUCGGCUCGAUAUCACGAUUGAAAACCCAUCUAGCCAUUUCCUGACAUUCGGAUUGGUGAUGGAACCAAGCGAUGCGUUUGCUUUCUCUGGAUCGAAGCAGACGACGGUGCAUCUGCUCCCAAUGUCAAGACGCACCAAGACGUAUCGCCUGCUGCCGCUUGCACGAGGCGUCUACAUACGGCCGGGAUUGGUAGUGAGGGACAAGUAUUUCCAGAAGGUGUUGAGGGUUAUUCCAACGGAGGGGAUGAAGAUUGACAAGGACGGGCUGCUGGUAUGGGUUCCCCCAGCGCCAGAAGCAGAAGAGAAGGCGGAGGGAUAG